GCAUUUCCACAUGAUCCCUAAUCUUAAAAACAAAGUGUUGAGUAGAAAAAUGGCAUCCAGCUCCAUGAAGUGGAGUGCUAAGGAGAAUAAGGAUUUCGAGAAGGCGUUGGCGGAGUUUGUGGAGGACACGCCGGAGCGGUGGGCCAACGUGGCGAGGGCGGUGGGCAGCCGCACGCCGGAGGAGGUGAAGGCCCACUAUGAGAUCCUCCUCGAGGAUCUCAAACAUAUUGAGAGCGGUAGAGUGCCCUUUCCCAACUACAGGAAUACCCCAACCCAGGACGAAAAGCUGAAACUGCGUUGAAUGGUGAUUCCUGGUGGCAUUGGCCAACUUGCAUGUAUUUAUAUAUGUUCGAAGUUGUGUAUGUUUAAUCUGCGUUUCCCUUUUAUUAAUCUUAUUCUGGAUCUAUGUUGUAACCCACCAUUUCAACUUCUUGUCGUCUCACUUAAAUUGCGCACCACUAUAUAUGUAUAUUCAGUAGUUGGUGCGGUAGAAAAUUAAAAUAAAAUUUGAGGGAUCUAUUUAA